UCCGUAUUCAGAGGUCUCCCGAAGCAAACGUCCAAUCCUCUUCUUUCAUUGAAGUUGUACAAGGCACCGUUUAAAAAGCGCUUCACAACACAAGCCCAGCAACUUCACAUGACUGGAAGCCCCACAGGGCGAGCACGUGCUACAUGUAAACGCCGCCGAGGUCGCUUUUAAGCACGGGACACAGUCACCCAAAAAAAAAAAAUGGCCGUGCUCAAUCAUUUGACGGCCGCUUGCUGGAAAUAUUUGCAGGGCGAUCAUCUGAAUAAGCACCUGGUGGUCACACUGCGGGCUUUGCACAAGUCGGCGCCCAGCGAGGCUUUUGGGGUGCCCGCGUCUACAGGCGAGGACGGCGGGUCCCCGGGUCUCAUCACAGCGGCGCAGCUGGCCGAUAAAAAGACUCGAGUUAAAAGUUUGAAGGAGAUGCCGGGACCCAGCACGACGUCCAACCUCGUCGAGUUCUUCUGGAGGGACGGUUUUAGUAGAAUUCAUCAAAUUCAGAUGGAGCACAGCAAGAAAUAUGGGAAAAUUUUCAAAUCCCGUUUUGGGCCUCAACUGGUGGUCUCCAUCGCCGGUCGUGAUCUGGUGGCGGAAGUGCUGAGGGCUGAAGGUGUGGCCCCUCAGAGAGCCAACAUGGAGUCCUGGAAAGAAUACAGAGACAUGAGGGGACGUUCAACCGGCCUCAUCUCAGCGGAGGGAGAGCAUUGGCUGAAAAUGCGAAGCGUCCUACGGCAGCUCAUCAUGCGCCCCCGGGAUGUGGCGGUCUUCUCCGACGAUAUUAACAAGGUGGUAGACGACCUGAUCGAGAGAGUUUGUAGCCAUGGGGUGGGUGGAGCGAGUGCGGUCAACGUGAAUGAUCUCUUCUUCAAAUACGCCAUGGAAGGUAUAGCGGCCAUUUUGUACGAGUGCCGUUUAGGCUGUCUGGAAAACGAGAUUCCCCAGGACACUCAAAACUACAUCAAUGCACUGAACCUCAUGUUCAGUUCCUUCAAGACCACCAUGUACGCCGGCGCCAUCCCCAAGUGGCUGCGGCCCAUCAUUCCAAAACCUUGGGAGGAGUUCUGCUUCUCUUGGGAUGGCCUCUUCAAAUUCAGCGUUAUUCACAUUGAUAAGAGGCUCAGUCAGAUUAAGGCCCAGCUUGAGCGGGGAGAGGAGGUGAAGGGAGGACUGCUAACGCACAUGCUCGUCACCAAGGAGAUGAGCAUGGAGGAAAUCUACGCCAAUGCGACAGAGAUGUUACUCGCAGGGGUCGACACGACCUCCUUCACUCUAUCGUGGGCCAGCUACCUGUUAGCACGUCAUCCUCAAAUCCAAGAGCAAAUUUACAUGGAGGUGGUGAGGACUUUGGGACCACGAGCUGUUGCCGCAGCCGAAGACAUAGCACGCUUGCCUCUAAUCAAAGGCCUGGUCAAAGAGACUCUCAGGCUUUUUCCAGUUCUCCCAGGCAAUGGACGGAUUACCCAGGAUGACUUGGUGGUGGGCGGAUACUACAUUCCCAAAGGGACUCAGUUAGCUCUGUGCCACUACUCCACUUCCUUGGACGAGGAGAACUUUGCCGAUGCUUUAGACUUCCGGCCAGAUCGUUGGAUCAGAAAAGAUGCCUCAGAUCGCGUGGACAACUUUGGCUCCAUUCCCUUUGGCUAUGGUAUCAGGAGCUGCAUUGGCAGAAGAAUAGCCGAGUUAGAAAUGCAUCUAGUUCUGACCAGGCUCAUCCAAAGGUUUCACAUUGGCACGUCGCCUCUCACUGCUGAAGUGAAGGCCAAAACUCACGGUCUUCUCUGCCCUGCGACCCCCAUCCACCUGCAGUUCAUUGACAGACAAAAUUAGCCCAAAAUUUCUCUCUGCAACUCUACUGUAUGUUUUUUUUUAAAUCUCAAUUCUCACAAGACUGAUCUCUGCACAUCGUCCAGUGUCUGUACCGAGGUUUUACUCGGGCAACAAAUGAAGGACAAACAUCUUACUGGACCGCUACUAUCAAGUCAAAUACUGUAGCUAGUAGUCUGUUUUUCCUUUGGAGAUCAAAGCACUGCAUUUUGUUGUGAGAGCUGUGACUCCAGUCAUUUAUCCGGUUCUCUGCUAUGAAACUAAUAAGUGCAACGAGAACUGUACUCGAAAAUCACGCAGUGCCUUUGAAAAUUGAUGCAGGGGUUGAUUGAUAUCAUUUGCAGCACGUUUUCACACGUCCGUUUUCCUCCCCCUGGGUUUGACGAUGAAUGUUGAUGGUAAACAGUGAAUGUAUCGAGGAUCCGUUUUUUUUUUCAUAAGCAAUGAACAUAAUUAUGUUGUUUUACUGACUGUUAUUUGUGUUCUGAACUACUUUUCUUUUUUAAAACCAACAAUAGAUGGGGAGUUAUUUGUAAAAGAGUGCGGACUGUGACAUGAAUAAAAUGUAGGAGCUUUGUGUUUUUUAUAUGCACUGUGUCAGGACAAAACUGUUUCUUUUGUUUUCUUUUUAUGGAUGCAUAGUUUUAUCUAUUUGGAGGUAAGGUACGUAACAAGGGAAGGGAUUAAGUAUUUCAAUGGAGGAAAAUAGAACCAUUUUAUGUAGCUGUAAUUAUCUGUUCAAUUGUAUUUUUUGUUUUUGACUGCUCUUACUGCUUACUGUAGCCUCAGUAAAACUGGAAACCAUAAAUAUAAUCAAAUUAUGAUUUGAAAAAUGAUUUGUACUGAUCUUCUAUAUCUUUAACAGAAAUAUGUAUUUGUAUUUAUCUGCUUGAUCGUAUUUUUUACUGCUCUUACUGUAGUUUCAGUAAAACUGGAAACCAUAAAUAUAUUGGAAUCAUG